UGAAAAACCUUUGACUGAUUUACUGUGUACCUGAAAUCUGCUUCACUCUCUUCCACCAGCUACCUCUUCGCACCUAAAAAAAAGUGUAAUAAAAGUGUACUAAAAAAGUGUAAUAAACCAUGGAAAACAUAUCCUUCACUCCUGAGCCUGGACUAUGUUCAGGAAGUCUGUGUCCAUUUCAGUCCAACGAAUUCAAGAUGUUGGGGGGGCGUGUGGACCCGGGAACCAGCUUAGACGAUGAGAUGAAUGACCAGUUGGAGUCCUUCUUGAAGAGCUCCGUGCUUCCUACUGGCGCUAACCAGACCCUCUCAUGGUCCGUGAUCAUGAGCAUCUUGCAGGAGACCAACCAGAAGAGUUAUCUCGGUACUACUGCUAAGGUGUCCCUCAUUAUUGUGUACACACUUCUCAUAACUGUCGGGAUCCUCGGCAAUCUCAUUGUGGCCUUCGUUAUUGGUCACCGUCCAGAGCUCCGAACAGCAAGGAACGUUUACAUCGUCAACCUUACUGUGUCCGACGUCAGCAUGUGUCUGGUGUGUAUGCCCUUCACAUUAGUGAACCUGUUGCAUAAAAAAUGGAGCCUCGGCAACUUCAUUUGCAAGUUAGUGCCUGUCUUGCAAUGCACGAACAUACUGGUAUCGACGGCAACGAUUGUGGCCAUUGCGGCAGACCGCUAUCUAACUAUUGUGUGUGUGCAGCGAAACAGGGAUGCGCGAGCAUAUGUACCAUGGUCAGUGGCAGCGAUCUGGGUCGUAUCUUUGCUAUUUCCGCUGCCACUUUUUGCUUACUACUUUGUGGACCGUGUGGAGAUCAAAGACUACAUUCUGAUCGAGAGGUGUGUGGAAUCGUGGUCGUCACCAGUAGUCAAGUAUGCAUGGAACAUGACCCUCAUCAUCAUGCAAUAUAUCAUCCCCAUUGUGGUGCUGAGCUUCGUACAUGGACGCAUCCAGAAAUACCUGAGCACUCAUCAGAUGUCACAACGGGAUGCCCGGCGAGCCCAGCGUGAAAUUGAACGCAACAGAAGGACCACUGUCCUACUUACAUCUAUUGCUGUCACCUUUGCCAUCUGCUGGUUACCGUGGCAUGUCGUCAACCUGCUCGCUGACUUCAACUAUCCAGGUUUUAGUGAACCAGAGUAUUUCUACAUGGUCUUUGGUUCCUGUCAUGCCGUUGCCAUGAGUUCCGCCUGCAUCAACCCUGUGCUCUAUGGCUGGCUCAACACAAACCUUAGACAGGAGCUCACGCAGGUUAUACCAAAGCUACUGCGAAAGGCUUCGUGUCCUUUUCGACAAACCGAUGAGAGCGGCAGUCCUGUCGUUGGCGUUCCCGUGGUGGAAAGCGUUUCUUUGCUGGUCUACAAGCCCAAGGAAAAUCCGAGAGGGAAGAGGACUCUGGAAGAACUAACCGAAUUCACUUUCGAAGAGCAAGCGCCACCUACGGUUCCCCCCAUCGCGACAGGCUUUUCGAGUAACAAAGCUUGAGGAUCCUUUAUUGCAGCUAUCCGCGUCGAUGACAUCAUGAGGAAGAGGUACGUUAAUGAUCAUUAACUAAUGUCAUUUGUGU